AUGGCGAGCGAAGUCGCAGGUAGCGUUGCAGAGCAAUUACAAUGUCCCGUUUGUUCGAAGGAUUUCGCGGCGUCAGAAAUCAAUGCCCAUCUGGACAGAUGUUUGUUAAACAAUGACAGUUGUCCGACAUCAACCAGUAAAGACGAGAACGAACCACCUCUCAAGAAAUCUCGCAUUUCUAGCGAAGCGUCUAGUCCACCUGUCAACAAGACAGACUCGUCGGAGGCGAGGAAAGGUACCACGCCGUCCUCUCCGGUUUUCGGUAUGUUUCAGAUCAACAGAAAUAAGGGUCCAAUUGAAGGUGAACGAAUAACAUUUUUAUCGAAUAAGCCGAGUGCCAGCACUGCUGUCAGUAAAGGAAUUAAACGUCAUUCACCGGGCGAGACAGGGCCAGGUGUGGCCAUGGGACAGUUUGGCAUCGACCCACCUGUAUCGAACACACUGAAAAAGACCCCGCGUGAAACAACACCUGCGAGCGCACUGCUGAAUAUCGAUAAACCACUGGCGGAGAAACUGCGACCAACCACGCUAGAGGAAUAUUUCGGCCAAAACAAAGUAGUGGGAGAACACACCCUUCUCAGGUCGCUGUUGGACUCUCAGGAGAUACCGUCAUUGAUCCUGUGGGGACCGCCUGGAUGUGGAAAGGUGUGGUGUUCUACUUUGCAAACAUAGACAUAAUUUAUAUUUUUAUGUUGUAAACGAAAGUAACAAGUGAGUGAUGAUGAAGUGUGUGACUGACAAUAGCAGCAGCAGCAACAACAACUUCUCAUAUCAGCAUCAGCGUUGUUUUUGUUUUGUUUUUGACCAGACCAAUUAGUGUUGCUCAGUUGCAGCUUGUUAGGGAAAUAAUCCGUCUAGCAGACAAAUAUUGAUUUCAACCAACCAUCCCCCUGAGGUGGUCAUUGCUCAAGAACACGAGACCCCCGUGGGCAGGGAAGACCUUGCGGCAGCCUUGGAAUGUGUAACCAAUAGGGCAUAUGCCCAGUGCCUACAUAACGUUAAGCCUACUGACAGAUAUAAAAGAUAAGGUCAUUUCUGCAGCUUUUUGGUGAUGUUUGACUGAGUUAAUGUGAUUAUUGCAAUGCACAUGGAUGUCAGUCACAUAAUAGGAACUGCUUGAAAUUCUCCCAUUAGGCCUAGAUACUGUAUAGGGACUGGCUGGAGGCUUGAGUAAUCUGCACUGUUAACACCAUAUUAGGCCACCUACCUCUCACUUGACUGGCCAUCAUAACAGCAUGCCUCUAACACUUUCCCUUUCUUGCUAAGCCUACUGACAGAUAUAAAAGAUAAGGUCAUUUCUGCAGCUUGUCAGCCCCUGGUGUCAGGGGUCAGGUUUCAUAAGAUUUAUUUAUGGAGCUGGAUUCCAGGAUUUACAGUAGAGGCUAUAUUUAUGACUGUCUUCAGGGUCUUCUAGACAGGGACCAGGGAACUUAGUUCUAUCCGUGGAUUAUAGGGACUGGAAAGUGCAUUAUAGGCCUUUAAAAUACAGACAUAAAAUGCUGUGACAGUGGCAUGAAGCAGGAUCAGUAGAUCCUGCCUGCAUUCUCAAGGAUUUAAUGAGGGAAAAUACUUUCCACAUAGGGCCCCACACAUAAGAGAGGGUAUCAUGUUAUGUAUCUAUCUUCAUCAUUAGUAGUAAUCAUGUUUUGAAUGAGACAAGUAUUCACAAGUACUCGCUUUCUUCAGAUAGAUGAAUAAGAAUUAGAGGUGGUAUCACUAUGAACUCUUACGUUUAUGUAUCUCUGUCCUUCCUUCCAGACCACCCUGGCCCACAUCAUAGCCAGCAGCAGUAAGAAGAGGGGCACGGCCCGCUUCGUUUCUCUCUCUGCCACCAGCACGUCCACCAAUGAGGUGCGAGAGGUCAUUAAGCAGGCCCAGAAUGAGCUAAAACUGAUGAAGAGGAAGACCAUCCUCUUUAUAGAUGAGAUCCAUCGCUUCAACAAGUCACAACAGGUAAUAACAACCAAAGUGCUCCAGCCAAUAAGAAGAAUUGGGAUCAAGUUUUAGCCAAUUAUAAUGACAAAGGGUAAAUCUUGCACUCCAAGAUACAAAUUCCAAUGAUGACAUUUCUUUUUAUGAAAAUGUGUAGGUCUAAUUUCACUCAUCUUUUGUCUUAUUAUUUUCAUAUUUCAAAUUAUUACAUUUUUCAUUUGGAGUAGUGUACUCUCAAUGGAGUUGUAGCCCAAAUGAUUUAUUAGCCCUUGCCCCAAGCUACAGCCACACAUUUGUCCUCUGUAGCUCAAUUGAUAGAGCAUGGCGCUUGUAACGCCAGGGUAGUGGGUUCGAUCCCCAGGACCAUCCAUACGUAAAAAAUGUAUGCACACAUGACUGUAAGUUGCUUUGGAUAAAAGCGUCUGCUAAAUGGCAUAUUAUAUUAUUAUCUCUGUACCCUUCUGAUUGGCUAUCAUGCUAGCCUGUCUGCGCGGUCUCAACCACACUAGUAUGGGAAUGUCCAUCCCAUGAUCCCAAAAUAAAGACUCAGCCAAUUCCCUCAGAAACAAUACCCAUUACCCACCCUCUUUGUAUCUACCACAGAUUCAUGGAAAGAUAAAUUGUGGAAUCUUAAUCGGAUUCCCUGAAGCCAUUUGAGAGAGAGAUUGUUUACAUAAUUAGAAUCUGGUAUCAUAUCAGCUAACUAGCCAAGAUAACUCCUCAGAUUGAUGUUGAAUGUUAAUGGCCAUUCUUUUCUUUCACAACUCAACACCAUUGUGUAACAGUACCCACCAUUGUAAUAAUAAUAGUAACAAUGGUUUGUACUUAAUGUGCAUCUGUAGUCCACAUCCCUGACCAGUACAUAUCGACUAAAACAUAUUUUGUUAUAAAUUUAACAUAAUGGACUAGUGCUGAACGAUUAACCGAAAUGUCAGUUAUUUUUCAUUUUUUAGACAACUAACUUUGGUUAAAUUAUAUGAAUUCCAUUUCGUUCUGUUUUUUCUGUGAGCUCAAUGCACAGUUUCUCAAGAGCUAAAUCAGAUCAAGCCCGAACUGUGCAAUGUAGUUGUAGUUUCCAACUGGCCAAUAUUCUACAUAGUUUAGCACAGAACACGUGGUCAUUAAAUACAAUGAGCAUAAUCCAUUGCGCGCCUACUUGUACGGUCUGUGUGUGGUAGACACGGAGACAGAGAGAAGGGACAUAAGAACGCUCGAUAGAGAGCGAUAGAGAGUAGUUGCUUCGCAAGGUAUCUCUACAUGAUCUAAAUGAUUUAUAGUUGGUAUUUAGCUGUCAAAAGUAUGCCUUAUUAAGAACUACUAAAAUAGUGAUUUUGUCAAACAGUAAAGGCAGCAGCUCUAUAGAGAUGAGAUGAUGACUUGGAAUGAAAUAAAGUCAUCAAAUAAAACAAAUGUAAUAUACACAACUGAAAUAUUUUAUUAAAGUAAUGUGAGUAAAUGAUGGUUUAAUAAGUGAUAAGCAGUAAUGGACAGUCACUACCUUCAUGGGACUUUUAUUAAUUGUCUUAUUCUGUGUUACAGCAUUCAACCCACAUAAUGCAUGGUGCAUUUAAUGUCAUUUAUUUUUUAAAUAAAACAUCGAAAACCUUGAUUAUUUUUCAAAUAAUCGAACCGAACCGACCUCAAAAAGCACUAAUCGCUCAGCACUAUAAUGGACAGAUGGGUGUUGAUAGAAAAUCAGAUCCGAAAUAAUUGCUUCUUACGGCAUGCCACAAUGAUUUUAAUAUACCUACAAAGUUUAACAAAUUAUAGUAACAAUAACAUAGUAACCAAGUAUCACUCUAAUAGUAACUGAUAAGAAGGAUAUUUAUUGUUCCUAUCUUCAUUUUGUGUAGUAUAAUAUGAAGGAUGUCUCUCACUGUGGCACAGAACUACCCUUUAUCCUGCAUGACAGAAUUUAGUCUGUAAAUCCUGAUAACAAUUAACAGGCAGUUAGAGCCAGGGCCGACCCUCUACACCCGGCUCGGGCUAAAGAGGUGCUAAGAUGGAAAACAUAGCCAUCAUAGCGCAUGCGUGAUAUAGCUUUGUCUUUUAACCAUGUACCCUAUAAUGCUUUUACACAGCUACCCUAUUAAACCUAAUGAGGAAUAGUGCCAAUGGUAUUUCAUGCACAGGUAAUCAAAGCACUGUGACUCACCCUUGAUAUUGAGCCACUUUUUGGAUGCUCAACAACUUCUCUUUUCCUCUCUCUCUUUCUAUGUCUCUUGUUGUCUGUCUGUAUGUAGGAUACCUUCCUCCCUCAUGUGGAGUGUGGGACGGUGACUCUGAUCGGGGCGACCACGGAGAAUCCUUCGUUCCAGGUGAACGCGGCUCUGCUGAGCAGGUGCAGGGUCCUGGUUCUGGACAAGCUGUCUGUGGAGGCGAUGGGGUCGAUCCUGCUCAGGGCCGUCGCUACGCUGGGGAUCAGUGUACUGGGAGAAGAUCUCAACGAUGGCAUGGAUCAAGACGAGUUAGACUCAACCGAGCUCGGAUCA